AUGCCCGACCAGAAUUACCAGUCUGAUAUGCGAAAGUCGAUAUUCAACAAGGGCCCCGAAUUCACCCUAGAGACCUUCUCGAGCAGAGACUUCAUCGUCAAGGACUUCAUCGAGUCGCUCUCCGAUGCUGCCAUCCAGCGCCGCUCCGGGGGCAUCGGAAACCAGCCCUUCGACCCUAAACCCCUAAUCCGCGCCUUCGAGCAUGCGCAGCGGCGCCUGACAGAGCUAUCAGGAGACCUUGAGCAGCGCGAGAACGAGCUGUCUGCAGCCGUGCGGAAGGCAGAAGCGCAGCAUACACAGAACGCAAGCAAUCUGGGCUGGAAGUUGAACCAGGCCAUCGAGUCCUUUCAGAAGCUAGACACCUCCUUGAACGGGCCUCGUCGGCCUGCCACUCGAGAUGAACCAGGUGGUAAUGGCAAUGUGGCUGUCGAGACAGGCAAGAAGCUGGAGGAGCUCGAUCGCCAGAGACGCAAGGCUCUCGAUGCGCAUUUUCUCAUCGGGUGCUGGGACGAAGUGAGCAAUCGCGGGGAGCUCACGAUGCUGGAGAACCUGCGGCGGUCAGGCAGCGGGGAGGGAAAAGUACGGUCUGCGCGUAUUGCCAGACAGCUGCUGCGGAUAAGCCAGAGACUGGAUCCGUUGAGCUGGAGUGAGAACAACGGAGGCACUGAUACCAUACCGCCCAGUCCUGUGGAUGCCAACGGGAACGGCACCCCCAAGAGGAGGAAUACGCGAGAGAUCAUUGAGAAGUUCUCAGAGACGCUGGAGAAUGAUCUGCUGAAGCAGUUUGAUCAUUUCUACCGAAAGGCCAACUUUGAAGGCAUGAAAGACUGCGCCAGUGUUUUACAUGAUUUCAACGGGGGAGCCAGUGUCAUCGCUCUGUUUGUCAAUCAGCAUCAAUUCUUCAUUGAUCGCAGCCAGCUCAUUUCAGAAGAAGUCAGUGGAGACUCUGAGGCAUGGGAGCAGCUUGCUGACCCUGAUGCGUUGUCCCCCGGAGUAGAGCCCAGCCUGCAGUCGCUGGUUGACGAGGUCCAGGUGGUUGUCCAGGAAGAAUCAGCAAUCAUCAAGCGAGCCUUUCCUUACUACGAACAGGUUCUAAGCAAGUUUCUGCAAAGAGUUUUUCAGCAGUCGAUACAGCAGCGUCUGGAACUGGUAUUAGAUAAGGCCAGUUCGGUGUCUUCUCUGGCGUUUUUGAGAACACUGCAAUCAGCACGCAGCUACAUAAGUGCCCUAGUAGACGACCUGAAGGCUCAUGGACUGACAGAACACCCUGACACUAUAUCCUCGCAAACAGCUAUAUUCCUCGACCAGCAGCUAGAGGAGCUGUUUAUUCCCUACCUCAUGGGAGCAUCCUACAUCGAAAGAGAGAAGAAUAACCUCGAAGAGCUCUAUACCUCCCUUAUGUUCAAAUUCGCAACCUUCCACUCCCGACGGAAGAAAACACCCACUACAUUCAUGUCCUCCCUCGCAAAGUCGGGGAGUGAGCUGCUCGCCUCAGCCAGGGACGCAUAUAUCAACAGCCUUGAUUCAUCUGAUUUCACUCCCACGCAGCGCAAGAUGCUCCUCCGGGUUGCUGGGCUCAAGGAGAAUGGCGAGCCACAAAAACAAAACGAGAUUGAGCUUACAGAGGAAGAUGGCCAGCUGAGCGUUGCAUUUGCUAAGCGUAUGCUUCGAUGGUUAGCAGAAGGUGUCGGUAGAAGUUUAGAACUCAGCGUGAGCAGUGAGACUCCCAAGGAUGUCUCCACCCUUCUCAGCAUGCUCUUGUCCAGGAUGGGCGAGGGAUACAUAGAAACGGCUCUCGAUGCGGCCUUGGAAUCUGCUCAUGCCCAGGAAUCCGGAAAAGCCGAGCCGGAUUUCAACUACUUGACGACUCUGAGGACGGCGAUUAGUAUAACGUAUUUGAUGAUGACCUGCAUUAAUGCCGUACUCGUUCCGCUGGCAGCAUCCAAUAUAACCAUAAAACGGGACAUGGAGAAGAAGACGAAUUUGAUAAUGCACCGCAUCGAAGAGAAGAUCAACUCAAUUGAGCAGAAAACCGUUGACGUGACACUGGCUUGGGUUGCGCGAGUCCUCUCAAGUCAGAAGAAGAAUGAUUUCCGACCAAAGGAAGGCGUAGCAGAUGAAACUGGAUGGCUAGAAAUGCUACAAACGCCGACGUGUGCGUCUAUUUCCGGUUUUCUAACUCGACUUCACAACGUAACACUUACAUCACUACCGUCCAGUGGUUCAAAUGUCCAGGUAUUCCUGACUGAAAUCGCCCUGGGCACCAGGGCACUACUCCUAGAACAUUUCAAAAAGUUCCCUGUCAACGCUCCCGGCGGCCUCAUGGUGACCAAAGACAUGACGCGAUACACCGAACUUCUACGAUCCUGGAACAUCGACGAAUCCGUCAAGGGGGUCGGUGGAGUCUUAGAUGUACUUUUGGAAGUCGGCAGUCUGUUCGUUAUCGGGCCACAGGCUCUCAAGGAACGCGUAAGGGCUGGAACAGCUGGUGGAGGCAGCGGUGCUUCAUCUGGAGGCGGUAGUGGCGGAACCACAGGUGGAAGCCAGAGUAAAUCGAAUGCUGGCUUAAGCGUACAAGAAGUGCGUGCUUAUGUUCUGCGUCGAGAAGACUCGGGAAGUGCAGCGAUGCAGGAUGUUUUCAACGCCUUUUAA